AUGGCGACACCGAACGUCUUUGGUUAUAGGGCGAAAAAUAUUCUGAUGCUGCAAGGCAGCAAUACAGUGGUUAAUCCUUACGGCAUUGUUGCUGUUGACUCGGCAUGGGCGCGAGAACAAGGACCUGCCGCUUCAAAUCCACAUCCAGCUCACCCGGAACUGAGCGUGUAUCAAGUUGACGUCUAUCAUGCACUUCACUGCUUGUAUCGCGUUCGCAAUAGAAUUGUGUCACAUCUUUCUAUGGAAGAACUUCCGCGGGAUGACCCACAUACAUUGCAUUGCAUCGACUACGUCCGCGAGCAGUUGAUGUGCCACGCGGAUACAACACUACAGGCCACAAGUGACUAUGUCCAUUAUCAUUAUAAUAAUGGACACAAGUGUAGAGACUUCUCUGCUAUACAGGAAUGGGUUGACAAACACAAGUGGCCAGAGCAUCGCGUCUAUAUUGAUGCAUGGCUGAGUGAGCACAGAGAUGAGAUGAUUUAG